ACCGGCAGGGAGGGACGAGGAGCGCAGUGACGUCCCCAGGAUGCAGACAGAUUCCUGCCGCCGCGUCCUCCUCCUCCUCCUCCUCCUCCUCCUCCUCCUCCGUUUAGGCUUGAUGCCUCCGGGCGGGGGUGAUUUGGGGGCGCUGCGCUGCCGCCUGCUUCUCACCUGGCUUUGCUCCCCACCUUCUCAACCGAUCACCUGAGAUGUCGGUGUGAGCAACUGAUCUUUCCAAGAUGAAUAAAUUAAGACCAGCAUCAGAGAAAAGCGUAACUAACAAUUCUCGGAUUGUAAGUUUAUUGACACAACUUGAGAAGAUCAACGCAGAAUGUUUGGUGGAAACGGACUCUGCCAGAUAUGUAACAUCAAAGAUACUCCAUCUGACUCAAAGUCAAGAAAAAAUAAAGAAGGAGAUGACUGCCAAAGGUUCAACAGGCAUUGAAGUUAUUCUCUCAACAUUAGAGAACACAAGAGAUCUUCAAACGACACUAAAUAUCUUAAACAUCCUGAUUGAGUUGGUAGCAGUGGGUGGUAGCCGGAGAACAAGUAUUCUUGUUUCUAAAGGCGGAACACAAAUCUUACUGCAACUGCUUGUGAAUGUCAGCAAAGAUUCCCCACCAAAUGAAGACUUAAUGGUGCUACUUCAUUCUCUCCUUGCAAAGAUUGGUCCAAAAGAUAAAAAAAUUGGAGUCAAAGCCAGAAUUAGUGGUGCUCUAAACAUAACCCUAAACAUAGUGAAGCAAAACUUACAGAAUCAAAGAUUAAUACUGCCUUGUCUUCAAGUGUUACGAGUAUACUCAACCAACUCUGUAAAUGCUGUGUCCUUGGGUAAGAAUGGAGUGGUGGAGCUGUUGUUUAAGAUCAUUGGUCCUUUCAGCAAGAAAAACACUGGCCUUAUGAAGGUUGCUUUAGACACUCUUGCUGCCUUGCUAAAAUCAAAAACAAAUGCCAGGAGAGCAGUAGACAGAGGCUAUGUCCAUGUGCUUUUAACCAUCUACGUAGACUGGCAUCGUCAUGAUAGCCGACAUAGACAUAUGUUGAUCCGGAAAGGAAUCUUACAGUCCAUUAAAAAUGUUACAAAUACCAAACUGGGAAGAAAAGCAUUUCUUGAUGUUAGUGGGAUGAAAAUUCUGUAUAAUACAUCACAAGAAUGCCUGGCUGUGAGAACUCUUGAUCCAUUAGUUAACACUUCCAGUCUGAUAAUGAGAAAAUGUUAUCCUAAAAAUCGUCUUCCGCUGCCGACCAUUAAAAGUGCUUUCCAUUUCCAACUGCCUGUCAUCCCUAAUAGUGGACCCGCGGCUCAACUAUAUAGUUUGCCUCCGGAAGCGGAUGACGUAGUAGAUGAAAGUGAUGACAAUGAUGACACCGAAACAGAUACUGAGAUCGAAAAUGAUAAUGAAGAUGACAUUGAGCAACAUUUUAAGAAUGAUGAUAUAGAGACUGAUAUCAACAAAUUGAAACCAAAGCAGGAGUUGGGAAGACCAACAGAAGAUCUAAAGAUGUAUGAAAUUUUUUUCCCAGAACUUGUGGAAGAUUUUCAGGAAUAUGACCUAGUUUCCAAGGAACCAAAGCCUUUGUCAACUGAGGUAUCACUAGGAGGACCUAUUAUUGUUCCUACAGCUGGUGACGAGCUGUCUCCCACAAAUCAUGUCCUAGAAAGUCCUGGGAAGGAGAGUCAUCCUUUGCAAAUGGAGGACUGUAAUAAAAGGCCCAUCUCCUUCGGUUUGGGAAAUAAAAAUAGCAAUGCGGACAAUAGUUUGCAGCAUCGAGAGGGUCAGAUGAAACUGCAUUCGUUGUGCCAGUGCCUAAACCAUGAAAUAGUCAAAGGCUUGGACCGAAUUACUUUGCAGAACACUGCCAAAAAUGAACAGUCUUACAGUUCUAGAGCAGUGACCCCCAAAGAGUUCAAAACUAGCUGUGAAGAAGUUACCUGCAGUAAACCCUCACAACAUGUUUCAUCCCGUGGAAGUGUUUUGUUGGAGGGCCAGCCUGUCCCGCUAGGAAAGCUGUGCUGUUCUGGAGCUGAUCUGGAAGAGGAGGAAGUACCCUGCUCAGUUUCUUUGGGAGAGCAAGGGAUGCUGGAUGUGCCCGAUCUGUUACAGCUCCAUGACCCAGAACUUUAUAUCGAGAUAGUGAAAAAUACCAAGUCUGUCCCUGAAUAUUCAGAGGUGGCUUAUCCCGACUAUUUUGGACACCUGCCCCCACCAUUUGAAGAGCUCAUUCUUGAAAGGCCUUAUGGUGUUCAAAGGACAAAAAUUGCCCAGGAUAUUGAAAGACUGAUUCAUCCUAGUGACAUUGUAGACAGAGUUGUAUAUGACCUUGAUAGUCCCAGCUGUCCAGCGCCAGAUGAAGGAGACGUUUUGAAGUUUAAUUCCAAAUUUGAAUCCGGGAACUUGCGCAAAGUUAUUCAGAUCAGAAAAAAUGAGUACGAUCUUAUUCUGAAUGCUGACAUAAACAGCAACCAUUAUCACCAGUGGUUUUACUUCGAAGUCAGUGGAAUGAGGGCAGGCAUUGCUUACCGAUUUAACAUAAUCAACUGUGAAAAGUCAAACAGUCAGUUCAAUUACGGUAUGCAGCCUCUCAUGUACUCUGUCCAAGAUGCGCUAAAUGGCCAACCCUGGUGGAUUCGUGUAGGAACAGAUAUUUGUUACUACAAGAAUCAUUUUUCUAGAAGUUCAGCUGCAGCUGGUGGCCAAAAGGGGAAAUCCUACUACACAACUACCUUCACUGUCAACUUCCCACAUAAGGAAGAUGUUUGCUACUUCGCUUACCAUUAUCCAUAUACUUAUUCAGCUUUGAUGAUGCACCUCCAAAAAUUGGAAUCUACAUACAAUCCUCAGCAGAUAUAUUUUCGACAUGAUGCUUUGUGUGAGACCCUUUCUGGAAAUAGCUGUCCUUUAGUCACUAUAACAGCCAUGCCAGAAUCACAUUAUUAUGAACAUAUCUGUCAGUUCAGAAACCGUCCUUAUAUUUUCUUAUCUGCUCGUGUACAUCCUGGAGAGACUAAUUCAAGCUGGGUUAUGAAGGGAACAUUGGAAUAUCUCAUGAGUAAUACUGCUGCUGCCCAGAAUUUACGAGAAUCCUAUAUUUUUAAAAUUGUACCGAUGCUUAACCCCGAUGGAGUCAUCAAUGGAAACCAUCGCUGUUCUUUAAGCGGGGAGGACUUGAAUAGGCAAUGGCAAAACCCAAACCCAGAUCUGCAUCCUACAAUUUAUCACGCCAAGGGCCUCCUCCAGUAUUUGUCUGCUAUAAAACGUUUGCCGUUGGUUUUCUGUGACUAUCAUGGUCAUUCUCGCAAGAAGAAUGUGUUCAUGUAUGGCUGCAGCAUCAAGGAAACGAUGUGGCAUACAAACGUUAGCGCCGCUUCUUGCGAUCUGAUUGAAGACCUAGGUUACAGGACACUCCCGAAGAUUUUGAGCCAGAGAGCUCCAGCAUUUUGCAUGGGCAGCUGCAGUUUUGUGGUGGAGAAGUCUAAAGAAUCCACAGCACGCGUUGUAGUCUGGAGAGAGAUAGGUGUUCAGAGAAGUUACACUAUGGAAAGUACAUUGUGUGGAUGUGACCAAGGGAAAUACAAGGGUUUGCAGAUUGGGACACGUGAGCUUGAAGAGAUGGGAGCUAAGUUCUGUUCUGGUUUACUGCGUUUGAAAAGAUUGACAUCGCCGCUGGAAUACAACCUUCCACCUAGCCUCUUUGACACUGAAAAUGAUUUCAUUGAAUCCAGUUGUAAAGUAACAAGUAUCGCUGCCUUAAAACCUUCUCCGCGGUAUUCUUGCUCUAGCCCCACUACAUACCUAAUGGAAGAAGACGAGCCGCGCUUCCUCGAAGAAGUGGAUUAUAGUGCAGAAAGCAGCGAUGAGCCUGAGGCUGAGGCUGACUUGGCAAAUAAUGGUGGUGACUUUGAGCCCUGUCUUCAAGAAGAGGGACUUUCUGACUCUGAAACUACAAGGACACGUUUGCCUUAAGACAUCCUUGAAACACAAAGAAGGAAUUAAGUCUUGUGGCUCUUGGAAGAUGAACGGGGUGGGGUCCUAUAACUUUGCAGUUUGGCUCAAGCAAAUGAUCUUCAAACAGUCCAACCGGAAAACAAUAAAUGUUCUGGCUCCUAAAUGACUUGGCAGCUGUUUUAUUUCAAGAAACUAGUUUUCACCUUUUGCACUGACGUUGCUUUACCUCUUGACUGACUGCUCAAUAUUGCUGCAUGGAUUUUUUGUCGCCUUCACCCUUCCAGUCACCAACAAGAAGCUAUUGGUGUGUCGGAACGUAGAAGCUAAACCUCAUUCUUUGUGAUAUUAUCUUAAGUUGGUUGCUAAACACAUAUAUACAGUUUUAAAAAUAGAUAUAUAUUUGUUUGUGUGUUGACAUUUUUGUUCUUAAACAUUUGUAGUACUGAAGGAACUAUUUCACACAGCCGAAUUAAAGAAAACUCAUGUACUGGUUGGUAUAUAUAUCUUGAGCCUUAAAUAAGAUGUAAUUUCGUCAUUUUACUAUAGCCUUGAUUUGAAACAGACUGUGAUACACUCCUAAGCAGAGUUACAUCCUUCUUCUGAAAUCUGCUGAAGGCUAGGCGCUUUAGAGCUUAGAUCUGCACUGAGAAUUUCUCGAUAAAAAAAAAACUGAGAAAUAUUCCGCAGACAUAUGACUGGCAUAUUGGAAAGAGGGUGUUUGGCUAGGACCUCAUCCCCCUAAUAGUGUAUCUGUGUGGGAAUUACUGUUUUUAAUGAGGAGCCAAGCAUACAAUCAAGCACCUGCAGUACGUUUACCAACUCUUCUGAUAUAUUAGCUUUUAUUCUCACACAUCUGUGAGAACCAUGGUUUUAUAUAUUUGUGAAAUUGUAAUCUAACAUAAAUACGAAAAAUUUACCUCCUGCAGUCAAUAGUAUGAAAGCUGGUCUAUACCAUUGCUAAGCAUAACUAUAAACAUUACAUUGUAUGUGCACUUAGUGACCUACCUGUUAAUUUAUUUCUUUAAUAUGCUUAUAGUCCAAAUGAGUACUAUGUGUUCAGGAUAUAUUGCUGAUACUGUUCUAUGUCAAGGAAGGAGGGCGGUUGUGUGUCUGAAUUGAAGCUUCUUAUGUGAAUUAAAUAACACUGAAAUUCACUUCUGGUGUGCGCCAGAGCAAGUGAAGUAUACUCGUGACUAAUUUUGAAUGUGGCACUAGCCGUGCGGAUCCUAAGCAGAGCUGAGGCCUUCUCAACACACGGAACAGGGCAUAACUAUGCUUAGGAUAGCCCUGUUAUGCAUGCAGAUGCUCCAGAUCACAGGUGUCAAACUCGCGCCCCUCCAGAUGUUAUGGACUACAGUUCCCAUCAUCCCCUGCCAGUGUGAUGCUGACAGGGGAUGAUGGGAACUGUAGUCCAUAACAUCUGGAGGGCUGCGAGUUUGACACCUAUGCUCCAGAUGCUCAUAUAUUCAAUGUCUCUUGCUUAUACCUAACUUCAUCUGAUUCCACUAUUCGUCAUCUAUCUUCCCCAGUGUUGCUUAAUGAUUUUGUGAGUCAAGCAGAUGUGAAAUUUGUACAAAAUAACUGACGCUGAAGAGGGCAGAUCUCUGUGUCUAGUCAUUCAUGGAUAAGUCCCACUUUCAGAAUUUCAUCUCUCCUUUCCAUCUUUUUAAAAAUAUUUUGAAGGGGAUUCACUUGGAUUUGUUUCAUAAAUAAAAGACUCUCCUUUUACUAUAAGGCCAAAUUCCUCAGUAACUUACCGAGGAAAACAAGUACCGUUGUUACUUGUUUUGUCUUCCCUCCCCACGAGAGCCAGAUGUUUUUCACUGCAUAAACGAAAACCAAUACAGGGAUUUGGGGAACCACAUUGAACAUAAUCAUGACAACCAAUAAGUUGUGAAUCUUGGGUGCUGUUUCCGGGCUGUAUGGCCGUGUUCUAGCAGCAUUCUCUCCUGACGUUUCGCCUGCAUCUGUGGCUGGCAUCUUCAGAGGAUCUUCUGAAGAUGAUCCUCUGAAGGUGCCAGC